CGUAGCGUUCUUUUGUUUACUUUCCGAUAUCGCCGAAUGUCGAGGCGACAACUAACUCAAAAUUUCGAAUUUAAUUUGUGAGGAUGUGGAAGUAUUUUUGAACGAAUCUCCUCUAAUUAUAAAAUCAGUGCUUUACAUUUUACUGUGACAGUUUUCAAGUGCAGUCUUAACUUUGGUUGAGACCCAUUUUACAACUGCUUCCUUCUUUUCAGAAGUCAAUCCAGAGAUAUGCAAAAAUUUGUAGUUUCCUCUCUGACUUUUCUGUUUUUCCUAAUUUGUUCCUCUGAUGUGAUUGCUCAAGGUAAAAACCACGAAUUUUUGAAAUGCUUAGUUUGUGAAAAAAUUGUCGAAGAAGUUAAACUUGAAAUAAACAAACCAGAGGUGAAAGGAAAAAAGAUUGCAGUGGGUGGUUAUCACCUCGAUGAUAAGGGAAACACAAACCAGCGUGAAAUCCCGUAUCAUCACUCUGACGUUUUCUUAAAUGAAGUAUUGGACAAUAUCUGUGAAAAAAUGAAAGACUAUGUGCGUGUAAGAAGGAAAUCUGAUGACAAAUUAAUGCUCAUACCCUUGGUGCUUCCUGGUGGUGCCAUGAAUCCUCUUAUCGGUGAUGUUGAUCCGAUCCUUGAUGAUGAUCUGAAUAAAAGCCUUGGGCACUACUGUCAAGAAAUUACAAAUGAAUAUGAUGAAGAAAUAAUUGAAAGUUUGAAAAGGACGCCUUCGGACGAAUUAGACGAGAGUAGUUUUUGCUCUACUGUGUUACCUUACUGUGAUGGAGUCGAAGAAAUCAGAGAUUCUGGAGGUGAUCGCCCUCGUCUAGAGGAUAUCAUUGGCAGUCAGAAAGAAGAACUUUAAGGAGAGAUUCGAAGUAAAAAUCAAGCAGCAGGAUGUUUCCGAAGAAGUCUGAAGAACUAUUAGCAACUUCCACAUUAUGAAUUUUCCAUUGAUCGGAUAAAAGGCGAAUGAAAUGAAAAGCUACAUUCCAUAAAAGAAAUACUCCAUUCCAUUUAAUUUAUUGUUUUUUUUUUGUUUUUUUUUUUAAGUAAAUUUGUUAUUUUAAAAAAUUUUUGGUGCCCAGAUGUUUGGAGGACACCAUAAAAAUUUACUUUGUUGAUAUGAUGAUGAAAGUUUGCAUGAGGUAGCGCUUCCACAGAAGUAUCCUUGACUUGGUUUAAUAGCUUGCCGAAAAUUAAAGUUUCCUCUGAUAAUUUUGAAAAAAUAGCAAAGAAAAAAAAACUGUUAACCUAUUUAGGUAUUCAUUAAGACAUUGUGACCAGCUAUGGGAGGUCAUCUUUCAUCAGCAGCUUGGGCUUCCAUUUUUUUACAUUUUUUAUUCUCCUCUGAUUAGUUUCAAUCUUGUUAACUAGAACGUAGAAGAGAUACUGAUUUGUUAACGAUGCCAGUUGGUCCUGUCUUAUACAGCGGAAAAAAACUUCUUGCUGAGUGAAAUUGGCUAGUCUAUACAUAUACGCUUCUCUGCAAAGAAUGAGCACGGUAUUCGAAGAAAAGACAAGCUUUUACUGUUUGUUGUUUUAUUUUUAAUUCUUGCUGUAUGGUCCGCGAAUAAAGGCACAACAAUAUGAAAGAAAUUGAAGUAUAGCUAAAUGUGAAAGCGAGGGUAAAUGAAGUGAGGUGAAAAUAAGGGGGGUCCACAAGAAGCCAUGUAAUCAAGUCAACAUUUAAGUCGAUUUUCCUUGAACAGUAUUCAUGUCUAGCACUGUGCUCCGCCCUAGGCGGGCUGCACAGGGCACCCGUCAUCUCUUUCUACUCAUUGUUAACAAUGAGUAGAAAGAGAGAGGGUGAAAAUUUUCACCUUCCCUUAAAACUCACUUUCACCCACUUUUUUUAAAAAUCUAGCUCUUUUUGAAGGAUACACAGAAAAAUUCAAUUACCUUCCUCUCUUUAAUUAUUAAGAGAUCUAAAGUUGUCUACUUUUCAAACUCCCACUGUAAUAAUGUCUGCACAUUGGGGUAUCCCUCGCAGAUAUUUAUCCAACCAUGAUAGAAUUAAGUUCUAGGAAGGAAAAAAAUUCUCAACCCUAAUUUGAGUAAAAUCAAAUAACCAAGCAUAUGUAACCCUCCCCUCCCCCCAGCCACUUAAUUUCAUAUCGAUUGCGUAUUCAUUUUCAUGUAAACUUGCCACUUGUCGAAUUCCAGUAUACCACUAGCAACCAUUUUGGAAAAAAAUUGAGGUCAUGGCUUUAGUUAUCAAUAGUUUGUUCGUUGACUCCUAUUUAUAACUGCCGAAUUUCGAGUCAAUUGCACCUCCCCCCCCCCUUUCAUUUUUCCCCUACCAACCAACGCACAGAACAUGAAGUCGCAAUGCUGCGACCCCUGCAUUUUUAUAAUGAGUCCUUCAGUUGCAGGGGAACAUUUUUCGGGGAAGUUAUACUUUCUCACUUCUUUCUAGAAUUUCUCUCAUUUUUGCAUAUUAAGUCACUUUUCUCACUUCUUUUUUGGCACUUACGUUGCUGGGCACCCAGCAAUUAAUUUCUUGAUCUGUGUCAGAUCAGCACACUUCCACCUUUGUUCAUUUAAUAGUAAGUGAUAAAUUAUUUAAAAUUAUAAUUUUGCUCAUUGUUAUAUCUCUUAAGUCUACAUUCUGAUGAACAAAAACAAUCCAGAAGACUCUAGCUGAAGGUAUCAAUCGGAACAAAAAUCUAAGUCUUUUCUUGUGAUCUAUAGGAUUAUUUUCUAAGAAAGGGCUGUGCUGCACCCAUUAACUCAAUUCUAUCGAUAGACUGAAAAUUCAAAAUUUGAAUGUAAGGUCUUUGGGAAACCUUUAAUCCCAAAAUUGUAUGGGUGAUGGAAAAUUUGAACUGAUACUUCAUUGUGUAUGUUCAUUGGUUGAAGUGACAAGUUAAUAUUAUGCACAUUGUCUUUGUUAACACCUUGUUUUUUAUUAUAAAUUUCUAAAUUUUAUCCAAUAAAAUUAUUUUGUUGCAA